AUGGUGGAUUCAUGGAGUACAAAUACUCAAGCAGAGGCUAUGGCUAUUCUUAAAGCUCUUAAGUACUUAAAUGAAAACCAGUUGGAUAAAGUUGUGAUAGAAACAGAUUCCCUACUGUUAAAGAAUAUAAUUCAGAGAGUUUGGGAAGUACCUUGGCAGAUUCUAACCACAAUGGAGGAGAUUUGGAAGCUCAUGGAAGGAAAAAUUGUGGUAGUGAAGCAUAUUUUUAGAGAAGGAAACAAGGUAGCUAAUCAUUUAGCUAAUCUUGCUUUGGAUAAAGGAGAUUUGAUAGCCACCAAUUUCAGGGAGAUGGAUUCUCAAGGUAGAAAAUUGGUGAACAAUGAUAAAUUGGAAAUACCAUAUCUAAGAAUUAGGAAGAGUAGCAGACCAUGA